GUCUGCUAUGUCAUUACUACUAAUCUGACAAUGGAUGAUAGAUCCUUUGCUCUUCUUUUGCUUCUCCUUAGCUUCACUUCACUUGUGCUGAAAUGUCACUCAACUUCCUCAAAAGACUUGAAGACAUACAUAGUCUACACUGGCAACAGCAUGAAAGAUGAAGUUUCUUUAUUGUCCCUUCACAAAAACAUGCUACAAGAAGUUUCAGACAGCAAUGCUGCACCUAAGUCAGUACUACACCACUACAAACGUAGUUUUGGUGGCUUUUCUGUGAAGCUAACAGAAGAAGAAGCUGAAAGAAUGGCUGGACUUGAUGGAGUGGUGUCUGUCUUUCCUAGUGAAAAGAAACAACUCCAUACAACAAAGUCUUGGGAUUUUAUUGGUUUUCCACAACAAGUGGAAAGAACAAACACUGAAAGUAAUAUCAUCAUUGGAGUAAUUGACUCUGGAAUCUGGCCAGAAUCUGAGAGCUUCAAUGAUAAAGGAUUUGGUCCACCACCUAGCAAAUGGAAGGGCACUUGCCAAACCUCUAAUUUCACUUGCAACAAUAAAAUAAUUGGAGCUAAGUAUUAUAGAGCUGCUGGUGAUGGAUCCUUGGAGAAUGAAGAUCUCAAAUCUCCAAGAGACUCCGAAGGUCAUGGAACUCAUACAGCAUCAACAGCAGCUGGUAACCCAGUUAGCACGGCAAGCAUGUUAGGCCUUGGACAAGGAACAACAAGAGGUGGUGUUACAUCAGCACGCAUUGCUGUCUAUAAAGUCUGUUGGUCCGAUGGAUGUGAUGAUGCAGAUAUUCUUGCUGCAUUUGAUGAUGCAAUUGCUGAUGGGAUUGACAUAUUGUCAGUUUCGCUCGGAGGGUCCAAUGAUCAAAACUAUUUUAGAGAUCCAGGUGCCAUUGGAGCAUUUCAUGCUAUGAAAAAUGGAAUACUAACAGUUUUUUCAGCAGGAAACUCAGGUCCAACAUCUGCAACUGUAGGGAAUUUAUCACCUUGGUCAAUUUCAGUGGCUGCUAGCACCUUAGACAGAAAGUUUGUUACAAAGGUUGAAUUAGGAGACAACAGAACUUUUGAGGGAAUCUCAAUAAAUACAUUUGACCUUAAGGGAGAAUUAUAUCCUAUAAUCUAUGCUGGAGAUGCACCAAAUACUAAAGAAGGCAUGGAUGGAGCUUCAUCCAGGUUUUGUUAUAUGAAUACGUUGGAUCCAAAAUUGGUGAAGGGUAAAAUUGUUCUGUGUGAGGGCAAAACUAAAGGAUUAGGCCCCUUCGAAGCUGGUGCUGUUGGUUUCCUCACACAAGGUCAAAAUUUUCGGGAUUCUCCAUUCUCUUUUCCUUUGCCUGGAUCUUACCUUGAUUUAAAGGAUGGUGCAAGUGUAUAUGACUACUUAAACUCUACAAGGAAUCCAACUGCAACCAUAUUUAAGAGCGAGGAAUUAAAAGAUACUUUAGCCCCCGAGGUGGCCUCUUUCUCAUCAAGGGGUCCUAACAUAGUUACACCUGAAAUUCUGAAGCCGGAUUUGAUUGCUCCCGGAGUUAACAUAAUAGCUAGUUGGUCUCCAAUUUCCCCUGCUUCAGGAAUUGAUGGUGACAAAAGAAAAUUACAGUUCAAUAUGAUCUCGGGAACAUCAAUGGCUUGCCCACACGUGUCAGGUGCUGCAGGGUAUGUCAAAUCAUUUCAUCCUACGUGGUCUCCUGCUGCCAUCCGUUCAGCUCUAAUGACAACAGCUAAACAGCUAAGUCCCAUGAAUAACCGUGAUGCUGAAUUCGCAUAUGGAGUAGGCCAAAUUAAUCCUUCUAAAGCUGUGGAUCCUGGUUUGGUAUAUGAUGUUGGUGAAAGUGACUACAUAAGAUUUUUAUGUGGACAAGGCUAUGGUUCAAAGAUUUUCCAACUCAUCACAGGAGAUAACAGCACUUGUCCUGAGACAACUUAUAAAACCGCAAGGGAAUUGAACUACCCUUCCUUUGCUCUUGAGGCUUCACACUCCACACACAAUGUGAGUGGCAGUUUCUACAGGACUGUUACAAAUGUUGGGUCACCAACAUCCACAUAUACAGCUAAUGUGAAUGCUCCUCAAGGACUAAAAAUUCAAGUGAACCCGAGUGUUUUGUCAUUCACUUCUCUUGGCCAAAAACAAACUUUUGUGCUAACUGUUGAAGGAGCAAUAGAUAAAUCUAUUGUGUCAGCUUCUUUGGUUUGGGAUGAUGGUAAUUUCCAAGUGAGGAGUCCCAUUGUUGUGUUUGAUCUACCAAUACCAUAA